UUUCUCCUCCCUUUCUCUCUCGGUCUGUCUCUCCCGGCCCAGAAUCCAUUCCGGCCUGGGAGCCGGAGCGGCCAGGCCGCCGUCUGCCCGAUACCCUGCCGUCCGGCGGCCCGGGGGUCCGCCCUCCCGUGCGUCCGCCCGCCGGUGCGACCGUCUGCCGGCUGCCUCAGUUUUUCAGGCCUUCCUGAUCUGACUUGCUGGAUACACUCCCUUGUGGCUCCCCUGGACCCCUCACACCUGGACCAGGAGCCAGUGCAACUCAGAGAGGAACAGAAAGGCUCAGAGAGGUGAAGUGACUUUCCCAGCUAUGAGACACAGAGCCAGGAUUUGAACCCGAUGAGAUGCUGAGGCCCAGAUAGGGGAAGUAACUUGCCCAGGCUCACACAGUGGGGAGAGUGGAGCAGAGCCUUCUGUUCAAGACUCCUGACUUCACACCUGGUAUUCGUGCUGAGACCUCAGGCUGUCUCCCAGGUCUGGGACAGCCCCUGCCUUCCAGGAGCCAGGACCAUGGGCAGCAAUAAGAGCAAGCCCAAGGAUGCCAGCCAGCGGCGCCGCAGCCUGGAGCCCACCGAGAACACCCAUGGUGGCGGUGGGGGAGCCUUCCCCAGCUCACAGACCCCCAGCAAGCCAGCCUCUGCUGAUGGUCACCGCGGCUCCAACACGGCCUUUGCCCCAGCAGCUGCCGAGCCCAAGCUCUUUGGAGGCUUCAACUCCUCGGACACAGUCACCUCCCCACAGAGGGCAGGGCCACUGGCUGGUGGAGUGACCACCUUUGUGGCCCUCUACGACUAUGAGUCGAGGACAGAGACUGACUUGUCCUUCAAGAAGGGGGAGCGGCUCCAGAUUGUCAACAACACAGAGGGAGACUGGUGGCUGGCCCACUCGCUCAGCACCGGACAGACGGGCUACAUACCGAGCAACUACGUGGCGCCCUCCGACUCCAUCCAGGCUGAGGAGUGGUACUUUGGCAAGAUUACCAGAAGGGAGUCAGAAAGGUUGUUGCUCAAUACGGAAAACCCUCGAGGGACCUUCCUAGUGCGAGAAAGCGAGACCACGAAAGGUGCCUACUGCCUCUCCGUGUCUGACUUUGACAAUGCCAAGGGCCUCAAUGUGAAGCACUACAAGAUCCGCAAGCUAGACAGCGGCGGCUUCUACAUUACCUCCCGCACCCAGUUCAACAGCCUGCAGCAGCUCGUGGCUUACUAUUCCAAACACGCCGAUGGCCUCUGCCACCGCCUCACCACCGUGUGCCCCACGUCCAAGCCGCAGACUCAGGGCCUGGCCAAGGACGCCUGGGAGAUCCCCCGGGAGUCGUUGCGGCUGGAGGUCAAGCUGGGCCAGGGCUGCUUCGGGGAGGUGUGGAUGGGGACCUGGAACGGUACCACCAGGGUGGCCAUCAAAACCCUGAAGCCGGGCACCAUGUCGCCAGAGGCCUUUCUGCAGGAGGCCCAGGUCAUGAAGAAACUGAGGCAUGAGAAGCUGGUGCAGCUGUAUGCCGUCGUGUCCGAGGAGCCCAUCUAUAUCGUCACUGAGUACAUGAGCAAGGGGAGUUUGCUGGACUUUCUCAAGGGGGAAACGGGCAAGUACCUGCGGCUGCCUCAGCUGGUGGACAUGGCUGCUCAGAUUGCCUCAGGCAUGGCGUAUGUGGAGAGGAUGAACUACGUCCACCGGGACCUCCGUGCUGCCAACAUCCUGGUUGGAGAGAACCUGGUAUGCAAAGUGGCUGACUUCGGGCUGGCUCGACUCAUAGAAGACAACGAGUACACUGCCCGGCAAGGUGCCAAAUUCCCCAUCAAGUGGACGGCUCCAGAAGCUGCCCUGUAUGGCCGAUUCACCAUCAAGUCAGACGUGUGGUCCUUUGGGAUCCUGCUGACGGAGCUCACAACAAAGGGACGGGUGCCCUACCCUGGGAUGGUGAACCGAGAGGUUCUGGACCAGGUGGAGCGGGGCUACCGGAUGCCUUGCCCACCUGAGUGUCCCGAGUCCCUGCAUGACCUCAUGUGCCAGUGUUGGCGGAAGGAGCCAGAGGAGCGGCCCACCUUCGAGUACCUGCAGGCCUUCCUGGAGGACUACUUCACGUCCACCGAGCCCCAGUACCAGCCCGGCGAGAACCUAUAGGGAGCAGUCCCCAGGGCCAGACUGGCCUCUCGGCUUGGAUCCUGGGUGGGCGGCCCCUCACACGGGGUUCUGCCUCCCUCUGCUGCCCCCCACCCAUCCUUCCUCCAUGAGGCUGAAUUGCCAGUGACAAAGCCCCUCCCCCUUUUGUUGCUGGAAGGGCUUGGGAGUCCGGGGCAGCCCUUAAGGCAGGGUUGAGGCUGGCAUGGUGACUGUCUCCCAGCUCCUCCUCUGGCUACAUGCCUCCUCCCUGCGUUCGCUCCUUGAGCUCUGCCAUCUCUGGAGGAGGAAUUGGAAGAAGGGCUGGGAUGGGACCCCCUUUCCCAGCCUCAGCCUGCUCCACACACUGACUCCUUCUCCAAUUCCCACGCCACCCCAGGUCUGUCUCAAGAGCUGGCCAAAGAGCCUUUCCAAAGAGGAGUGAUGGGCUCCUAGCCCUCAGCCUGCCCCUCAACCCUGCCCCUACCAUCCGUCCCUGAAACAUCUCUUGGCAGAGGCCACUGGGUCCAGACCCCUCUGCUGUCUGCUGGCUGGCUGGGCAACCUGAAGCCCAGCUUGACUUGAUGGUGGGUGCCGUGGGUACCCCCCCCACAAACCCUGCCCUGCUUAGACCUGAGGGACCCUUAGAGAUCAUCAAGUUCUUGCCCCCAUGGGGAAACUAAGUCCAGAGAGGGGCCGUGACUUGCCCAAGGCCACAGAGCAGUCCAGGCUUGAGGUGGGAUCAGAACCUGCUACUCCCCCUGUCUUCCUCAGGAACCGAUGAGGUUUGUCCUUGGAAGCUUCUUGGAGAAACUGGGGCCUCCCAGGGAAUAAAGGGCCUGAUGAGGGGUUAGAGAUAGCAGAGAGAGGGUGCUGUCACCACUCCUGGCUGCAGAUCUCAGCAGGGCCAUCAUGGGAAGAGACUGGAGGGGGAUGAGCUAGGACUGAGGGGUGGAAGCUGCAGGAAGGUAGGCUUCAAUCAGAAUGUGGUUGGUUUUGACCUUUGGAGCUAGUCAACCAUGAAAGGGAGUGAGCUCUCAGGCUCCAGAGGCAAUCAAGCAGAAGUAGAAGACCCAAGAGGCUGGGAGGUCCUGACCUGGCCUUAAGGGGGCCCCAAGUCCCUCCUUUCCCUAGUUUGUCCUGUGGCAUUUCAAGGCCUGGACCCUGCUCUUCUCCCCAUUGGCCCCUCUGAAAUCCCAAGUAGGGAACUGAGUGCCGGGCUGAGGUGAGAGGAUAAGGGUGUCCACUGCCAUGCACCAGGACCUCCUUGUCAUGUGGCCAUGGCCUCCACAAGUGCUCAGCUCCUGUCUAGACCCUGUGGCCUGGCAUCUCGUAGUGAGUCCAGCCCUAGGACACCAGGAGACUGUGUUUUGGCCAUAGCUCUGCUGUUCAGCCUAGAGUAUGUGGUGGCCCCUCCCUGGGCCUCAGUGUGCCCAACUGUAAAAGGGGUAGCUGACAGUUUGUGAGCAUCUUGCCAAGGGCCCCUGUGUAUGUAUGUGUGUAUGUGUCCACGUGUGUGCCUCCAUGUGUGUCCAUAUUUAACAUGUAAAAACGCCCCCACUCUGGCCCCCCUGACACGUUGUACAUUUCACCCAUGACCCCCAUCAUAGCAAUAACAUUCUCGCUGCCUGGGUUUCUUGAGCCAGCCAGGCCCUGCCAGCGGGAAAGGAGGCCAAGCAGUGCCUGCCUAUGAAAUUUCGACUUUUCCUUUCAUUCAUGUUUAUUACCAAGUCUCCCAUCCGUUCCAGUCCAAUCUGGGCUCGCUCACCCCAGUGUGCUCUCAAAACCCCCUCUGACUGCCCAAGGCCCUUUGUAAAAGGUGUCCUAAUACUGUCCUUUUUUUCUU